CGUUACCAUAUCGUCUUACUACCUCUUUUGAAAAUGCAGACCCAGAUGCGUCGCUCCGGGCGUUGCUUCAGUGGCCGCCAGGCCGGCUCACGUCAGCUGCUGGUGCCGGCUAAGGGCGUUGCUGGCGGUCGCAGCCGCGUUCAGGUUGCCGCUCAGGCCGCUUUCCAAAAGGUGCUGAUUGCCAACCGUGGCGAGAUUGCAGUUCGUGUCAUCCGUGCCUGCAAGGAGCUGGGCCUGCAGACCGUAGCCGUCUACUCGAUUGCCGACAAGAACUCGCUCCACACGCUGUUGGCUGAUGAGGCGGUGUGUAUUGGUGACGCACCCUCUUCGGAGUCGUACCUGAACAUUCCGAACCUGUUGGCGGCGGCGGUCAGCCGGGGUGCGCAGGCCAUUCACCCGGGUUACGGCUUCCUUUCAGAGCGCGCCGAGUUCGUUGAGAUCUGCAACGACCACGGCAUUGAGUUCAUCGGUCCCAAGCCGGUGCAGAUUCGGCUCAUGGGUGACAAGUCCACCGCGCGUGACACCAUGAAGAAAGCCGGUGUGCCCACGGUGCCGGGCUCCGAGGGCCUCAUUCGGGACGAUGCAGAUGCCCUGGAGAACGCCCAGCGCAUUGGAUAUCCCAUCAUGAUCAAGGCCACUGCCGGCGGUGGUGGUCGCGGUAUGCGUCUGUGCACGAAGGAGGAGGACCUCCUGCCAUUGUACAAACAGGCGCAGCAAGAGGCUGAGGCUGCCUUCGGCAACGGUGCCGUGUACAUGGAGCGUUUCGUGCAGAACCCUCGCCACAUCGAGUUCCAGGUCCUUGCCGACAAGUACGGCAACGUCGUACACUUGGGUGAGCGCGAUUGCUCCGUACAGCGCCGCAACCAGAAACUGAUCGAGGAGGCGCCCUCGCCCGCCCUCACUCCCGAGGUCCGCAAGGCCAUGGGUGACGCGGCCGUUGCAGCCGCCAAGGCCAUCGGGUACGUGGGUGUCGGCACCAUCGAGUUCCUCUGGGAGCAGAAGGGGUUCUACUUCAUGGAGAUGAACACACGUAUCCAGGUGGAGCACCCCGUUACGGAGAUGAUCACGGGCAUUGACUUGAUCCAGGAGCAGAUCAAGGUGGCCAUGGGCGAGCGACUUACGUUCACGCAGGAGGACAUCCAGUUCAAGGGUCACGCCAUCGAGUGCCGCAUCAACGCGGAGGACCCCUUCUUGAACUUCCGUCCGGGACCGGGUCGUGUGACCACCUACCUUGCCCCGGGAGGCCCCCAUGUGCGCAUGGACUCGCACCUCUACCCCGACUACCUGGUGCCGCCCAACUACGACUCCCUGCUGGGCAAACUCAUCGUUUGGGGUGCGGACCGCCAGCAGGCCAUCACCCGCAUGUCCCGGGCUCUGGACGAGAUGGUCAUCACGGGCGUCCCCACCACCGCCUCCUUCCACAAGCUCAUUCUGCAGACCGAGGCCUUCAAGCGAGGAGAGGUCGAUACUGGCUUCAUCGUGAAGCACGCCGACGAGCUCAAGGAGAAGCCCCAGACCCCUAAGGUCCGUGCCCAUAUGCGGGAGAUGAUCAAGAGCCGGAAGUCCAAGACCGUCGUCAAGGUCUAAAUACGCAAAGUAAACUCGUAGCCAUUUGCAAAUGGCGAUAGGUGGUGAGGAAGGUGCUGCGAGGAUCGACCCACCGAGUAGUCGGACACUGGUCACCUCUGGCCGUGUGACGGCACCGGCACCGGCGGAGGGGCACCGGCGGAGGGGCACCGGCACUGGCGUUGAGGGCGCGUUGCCCUCCAUGCAUGAUGUGCUGUGCUAGCUAGCCGUCAUCUCCGUCAUUGCCGUGUGUCUUCGCUUCCGUGAACAUCUCUGCCAGUGCUGCUGCAAGGGGCUUCGCUUUUCUGUGGGGUACUUGGGGUUCGAAAUUGUAGGAAGCGUUGUUGAGCAGCCGACGGGCGAGCGUAGUCUUACCUGUUGCCUCUUGCUGCCUCUCCUUCGACCCUGACUGGUUUUGGGACGGCGGAAAGAAGAAGCGGACGGCAAUGACGUUCAUGCAUGUCCAGUGAUGUACGGCGCGGUGGGUGACUGGGUGGGUGGGCGCGUGGAGCGCACGAAUUCCCCUCUGUCGGUGUCGAGGGGCCGUGGGGGAGGGGUAUGGUGGCGGCAGAGUCUGCAUCCUCAUCUGCGCUCUGCCAUUGCGAGCCCCCUUGUCCUUGAGAGAGAGAAGGUCCACCUUUCCACGUCUGGGCCGCACUAUCGAGGCGGGAAGAGCGGGGACCUUAAUGCGCUUUCAAAUGCGACGCAUCUGCGACCCAUGGGUCGGCUUAAGGAAGCAGCAACCCGCCUGGCGGCACGAGUGCGUGCUGGCCGUACAUAUACUCUGCAUGCGGGUGGACGUACGGCCACUAUACAUAGCGGCGCUCCUUGCUGGGCUGACUGGCUGUACUGCUACUGUGGGGGAAUGAGGAUAAAAGGGACGAAGAAAGUCGUGGAGCUGCUGCACUGGCUAGGUUAGGGCGGGAGUGCGCCUCGGUCUGCCGCCGAUUUUGGUCACCGUCUCAGGGGCAGUCGAUGGUUCCUUUCGCACGUGUGUGCAUAUGUAUGAUUGUGUGUGUGUGUGUGUGUGUGUGUGUGUGUGUGUGUGUGUGUGUGUUGUCGCGUGUGAUGUGUGUUCGUUUACAUCAUCGUCACAUCAGGAAGACGAAGAAGAAAGGACGAAGAAUUUCGCAUGUAUAUGUAACUUGCAUGUUCUAUC